AGUAAGCAUAUUGUCAACCUUCAUCGCACCCUUCAAGUAUUUAAGUCCUGGUGCAAGCAAUAUGGAAGACGAAGACAACUUAAGUACCAGCAGUGCAGAAGUAAAAGAAAACCGAAAUGUUAGCAACCUGGAGGAUCAUCCCAUUGCCUCCAGUGAGAGAUCAAGAGUGGGUGCAUCAAGCAGUAAAAGGAAAAGGCCCUUGGAGGAAGGCAACAAUGGCCAUUUCUGCAAACUACAACUCAUCUGGAAGAAAGUCUCAUGGUCAGUGACACCAAAGAAUGCCCUGGUCCAGCUACAUGAACUUAAACCAGGGUUGCAAUAUAAAAUGGUUUCCCAGACAGGCCCUGUGCAUGCUCCAGUCUUUGCUGUUGCUGUAGAAGUAAAUGGACUUACAUUUGAAGGCACAGGACCCACAAAAAAGAAAGCCAAAAUGCGGGCUGCAGAACUAGCUCUGAAGUCUUUCGUUCAGUUCCCAAAUGCAUGUCAAGCUCACUUUGCCAUGGGGAACUGCAUUAACCCAUCCACAGACUUUACAUCUGACCAGGCAGACUUUCCAGAUACUCUGUUCAAGGAGUUUGAACCACCUACACACAGCGAGGACUUCUCGGUCUAUAACCCCGUUAAUAAUGAAUUGCUUUCCACUGCUUAUCGACAUGGGAGGUUACUCUGCCACACGUUGGACUUAAUGGGCCACGCUAAGCAAAACAAGCGCAAGAUGGCAUCCAAAGCUGAGAGUGAAAAGAACCCAGUGGUGUUGCUAAAUGAGCUGCGGUCGGGACUGAGGUACGUCUGCCUUUCGGAGACUGUGGAGAAGCAGCAUAUCAAGAGUUUUGUGAUGGCAGUGAGAGUGGAUGGGAGAACAUUUGAAGGCUCAGGACGUAGCAAGAAGCUGGCAAAGGGCCAAGCAGCGCAGGCUGCACUCCAGGCCCUCUUUAACAUUCGGCUGCCCAGUCACAUUCCCAGCAGGAGUAAAUGUAACCAUUUGCCACAGGAUUUUGCCGAUUCCAUUUAUCAAAUGGUUACACAGAAGUUCCAAGAGGUGACAGAUAAUUUCACGUCCAUGCAUGCACGCCACAAAACUCUUGCAGGAAUUGUGAUGACCAGAGGCUUGGACAGCAGGCAAGCUCAGGUGAUCGUGCUGUCAUCAGGUACCAAAUGCAUAAAUGGAGAAUACAUUAAUGAUCAAGGGCUGGUGGUGAAUGACUGCCAUGCAGAAAUUGUGGCAAGGAGAGCAUUUGUUCAUUUCCUUUACUCACAGCUGGAGCUGCACUUAAGCAAACGGCGAGAGGACUGGGAGCGAUCAAUCUUCGUGCGAUUAAAAGAAGGAGGCUACAGGCUGAAAGAGAACAUUCUGUUCCAUCUGUAUGUGAGCACUUCACCCUGCGGAGAUGCACGCCUCAACUCUCCCUAUGAAAUCACAACUGACUUGAACAGUAGCAAACACAUAGUAAGAAAGUACCGUGGACAUCUGCGAACAAAAAUUGAGUCUGGAGAAGGAACCAUCCCAGUCCGACGUCAUAAUACAGUUCAGACAUGGGAUGGUGUGUUGCUGGGAGAACAGCUAAUCACAAUGUCUUGCACAGACAAAAUUGCCAGAUGGAACGUUCUUGGAUUGCAAGGUGCUCUCCUCAGUUACUUCAUCGAGCCCACGUACUUGCACAGCAUUAUUGUGGGAAGCCUUUAUCACACUGGUCACCUUUCCAGGGUAAUGAGCCAUAGGAUAGAAAGCAUUGGUCAGCUGCCAGCUUCAUACCGGCGUAAUCACCUGCUCCUCAGUGGAGUGAGUAAUGCUGAGGUGCGACAGCCAGGAAAAUCUCCCAGCUUCAGUGUGAACUGGAUAGUGGGUAACACGGACCUCGAGGUUAUUAAUGCCACAACGGGAAAGAGGAACUGUGGGAGUUCCUCACGGCUCUGCAAACGCAUGUUUUAUGCUCGGUGGUCAAAGCUUUAUGGAAAGCUGAGCACACGAGUCCCAAGCCAUGGAGACAUGCCAUCAGUGUACAGUGAGGCAAAGCUGGUGCCUCAAACGUACCAGGCUGUCAAGCAGCAGCUGUUUAAAGCAUUUCAGAAAGCAGGUCUGGGCACUUGGGUGAAGAAGCCCCCAGAGCAAGAUCAGUUUCUACUAACUCUAUAAAUCAUUCGACACCUUUGCUACGUGACCAGAGCGGAUCGGCUGGAGAGAAGCAUAGGCAGGAUGCGUGAGCUGACAGAACUGAUGCAGUUCAAUAUUUAAUAAAAACCUUCAUGAGAAUAUUUUCUUUUGAUUCUGUAUUGGAAAUACAUAAAUAUCGGAUGUGUUUGAUUAAUGCACUAAACUUGACGUUAGGAACUGCUUUUUCAUCCUGAUCCCCUGCACAACAUGCACAAGGAUGUUCAUGCCCAGACUAUUAAAUGAUCCUCACAAAGAUGCUGCUGUUCAUUGUUUAUAGCACAUGUGACUAUUAUUUAUCCAGGAAGCAUCUGCAUUUCAGACGCUAGCAGGCCAUGCACCUGACUCAAAAUUGAGUCGAUUUUCCCUUACAAAUCACAGAGUGAUGGAAAACAUUUUAGUAAGUGAACACAUGAAAGAGCCUUCAGACCCACCGCGCGACAGGGGCUUUCAGGCCAAGCAUAUUCAUCCACAAAACGAAGAAGUAUACCCCCCAAGCCAAAAUCAUUGCAAACAUCAGCUGCUUUGAUUCACAAAGUGUAUUUUAGUCUACAAAGAUACAGACAAAAUUUGAACUGUCCUUCCAGGUUUAGAUUGAAACACAGCGCUGAGGGUGGAGACUUCCUCUUCUCUUCUCCUGGCUCACACUGACUCCUCCUGUAACUUCAGGUGUCACUUAGUACUACAUUUUCAAUUAUGUCCUGAGGUGGCUUAUCUUUCUGGAUACCCCAAACCAGAUACAUUUUUCAGAGAUACUGAAGACUGCAAUCCUAAGGGAAGUCACUGGGAGCUGCGAGUGCUCAGCACUUCUGAAAAAUCCAAACUUUGGUGUUGGGUACCCACAAACUAAGAUGCCCCAAAUUAGUGACCAGUUCUGAAAUCUGGCCCAUACCGUGUCUGCCUCCAUUUCUCCAUUUACCAAAUGUGGAUAGUAAUACUUACCUGCAUCACAAGGAGCUUGUAAGGGAUACACAGCUGCAUUAGUAGUUGGCUGUAACCACCGGUUAAGCCAGAAUCUGUCAUUUUUAUGUUGAGCUUAACCUUGCUCUGCAAAUAUGUCUAUCAAAACCAUCCCAAAAGAUGGGACUGCUACCUAGAACGAGUUUCUAAUCAAUGGCACUAAAGGUUUUUCAGCUUCUGGUUCUAUAUAAGUACGAAGUAUUAUUAUUAAAUUUACCACACAUUUAUUUGCGGCUUGAAACAAGCAUUGCUUUCAGGCAGAAAAAGAAUAAGUUUUCACUGUUAAAUCAUUGAUUCAUCACUUGGAUUAAAAGGCACACAUUUUCUGAUCUGUGACUGAUUUAACUUCAUCAGAACGCAGGACAAAUAGUCAUGAGAGAACCAAGCCUUGAUAGGCCAAGUCCAGAGCCAGCCUUGUACCGCGCUACCGAGUUAACACUGUAUAUUUCUUUUGUUCGUUUGUUUGUUUUAAGUGGCAGGAUUUGCGGGUAUAUUACUACUGUUUUCUUUUUAUUCCUGUGAUUCUCUUUCAAUCUGUAUAUAACAUGCUACUGAUGAUUUGUGAUAAUUGUCUUAGUAUUUUCUCAGAACUGUCAAGCUGAGUUACUUUUCAGACAAACACAAGGCUCAUAUUUUUCCAUGUAAUUUCCUUUACACAGGCAACUGUUCCUAUCAAUAAAGAAAGAUGCUCUUUGUAUAAGGUUUAUCAUGUUUGGAGCCAUAUACAGUAAAUACAUUGUUUAUUGAUGCCCACAAUAGAAUAGCUACAGUAUUUUGAUGAGAUCUUAUUUUUAGAUUAUAAACUACAAGAUGUAUCUAUAGUGUCUUGUAUAAAAAAAAUAUUGUGAUAAACUAGAAGUUUUAAAUGAGGUAAAACAAAGCUCUCCCUUCCUGGAAACCUUUUCAACAAAAUAACACAUUCCAUAUUAACCACCAAAAAAAAUCCUUAGACUAGAAAUACUAAAUAACCUGAAGUUGUUUCAGUCAUUUAGGGGGAAGGAGUUGUUCUGUGGUAAUCCCUUUGCUAACAUGAUCUCGCCCAGGGUAACUUCACAUUUGAUUUUCAGCACUGUCUGGGGAUUCCCUGCACAGCCACACUUUCCUUCCCAACGGGAAACAUUCAGCCGUGUUACUUUUGAAUAUGCCUUGGGCCCCAGCUCCCAUUCGUAUCAAUAGAAGACAUCCCCACUGAUAUCAGUGAGCGUGAGCUCAGGCCCUUGUGUUAGUGCAGCGGGUAGCCACUUUGGAAGGAGAGCAGGAUACCAGCCUGGGUAGGGAUUUUUAAGAAGAGGGCUGAAUUGUGGCUGCCCCUUGAGCAGGUAGGGAGCGGACAGAAGUCACUUCCUCCCCAUCAUACAUGGGCAGCAUAAGGGCCACCCUGAAGUACCAUCCCUAGACGAGGGGGAACCCAAGGACGGGUCCUUCCUGCAAUGCCAGUGGUGCAGCUCACCCUGACAAGGGCAGGACCAGAGCCCUGCCCAUCACCAAAAGUACAUCUGACAUGGAGGGGAGCAUGCUCUGAAAAUGCCUAGCUCCCUGAGCCCUGCAAAACUUGGGGAAAAAUUCUAGCAUCCCAAGGUCAAAUUUCCCUCCAAGGUCGCCCGAGCUGGUGCAGUUCUGUCCUAUCCCACUCUGUUCACUGUGUGUUUUUCACACAUUGGAGACCAUUAGAUGUGCUGAAAUCCAGCAACCAGCAAGAGAUUCUGGCCACUCAGCAUGAAGCAUUCAGGGACUCUCUUGUUCUGGCUUCCUCUACAUGAGGGAUAUCAGGGACUGUUUCUUGAACUGCUCCAUCUCUCGUUAGCCCAACCUAGCCACAGGAGAGACAUUAAAGCUCCUUGUUAUACCACCUAGAUUCAGCUCUGGCAUGAUUCCAACCCUAAAAAUCCAUAAAGCCACAGGAGCUGGUGGCAGACCUAAGAGGACAAUAAAUGCAGCAUCUGGUUGUUUUUAAGAAUAAAAAAGAAAAAUGUGGUGGAUUGAACGAUCCUUUGUUGCAAGAAAUAAACAGACAAAUUCCUGGAUUUAAUAGCCAGACCUAACGUAGGCAGUUGUGACCCUCUUUGGGCCUUGUUGUAAGCGGGACUAAGACAAUCCUAUUGAAGACAGUGGAGUUGUACCUGCUUGUACCAGGGUUGAAUUGGGCCUGUGGUUUCUACUGUUUCUCACUAUAUACAUCGAUACAGUGUGAUGGGAUUACAUCCCAUCAGCACGAGUGACUAACAUUCAAUUCAGCAUUUCCUGAGGCAAAGGAAAACUUGCUCAAAUAGUAAUUCUUAGGUGAAGAUUAUGUACAUAACACGCAUGAGUGAAUGGCAAUACUGUACUAAUGGAUGUACAUUUGUAAUAUUUGUAAAAAGAAAAAGGACAACAAAAAUCUGAAUUUACACAUGUGAAUUUGCUGCUAAGUUCUGUAAAUUGCACUUCAGUGAUAUCUGAUAAGUGAAUGUUUCUGUUAAGUGAAUAAAAUACCAAGUAAAAUUGUUCCUUGAUUGUUUAUUUGUUGACCAUUUUUCUCUAUGACCCAGAAUUGAAGUGAUAUAAAUGUAUCUAUUUUCAAGAGAGUCUCCCUUUGAUAUGUCCAUCCAACUUCCAGAGCUUUAUGGGAGCUAUCCACUUUUUCUAAGAGAAGACUGUCUUU